ACCUUGUCUCAAGGGCAAACGAGGCACCCGGCCCGCGCCCACUACUACUGCCAUGGCGGCAGAAGAAGCAGCACGAGAUAGAUCGCCCUAAACCUCUCUCUUCCUAGCUUGCAGCGCCAGCAAGAGGAGGAAGAAGAAGACCAGCAACUGGAAAUGGUGAACAAGGCGUGGCGAGUGAUCCCUCGCCCACUCAUGGAGACGGUGCUCAACAACCACGCCCAGCAUCACCGCGUUCCCCAGCCCCUCUUCCUCCACGGCCCCCGCGGCGUCGGCAAAACCACACUCCUUCUCGAACGUGUCCUCGACAAGUGGAACGCCGGCCCUCACAUCACCGGCUACGUCGACUUCGCUCAGAGCAUCGAGGGCUACCACCCCUACCACGGCCAAUCGUUUCCGUGGACUUCAUGGUCCAAUUGUCCGUCGCCCGCGCUCCCCACUCUCCGCGCUCAGCUGGAGAAUUGUCUUGAGUCGAUGGCCGAAAAGGGCGUCAAGUUGGGAACAAUAAGCUCCCAGCAAAUCUUCACCACUCUCAACAAAUGGCACGGCCUGAGCGCUGCACUUCGUCGAGUAAUUCACUCCAGCGACUCUGCCGGCUCCAAUUUGAAGGCUGUGGCGACGGGGAAGGCCUCGGCUUCGGUGCUUUGGAGUCGGGCCGUCUUCGCGCUAUCUGCUCGAUUAAAUGCCUCUGAGAUUGACGGGGUCCUGGAGUUGAGCGGAAAGGGGAGGAGUGUGAGUGUCGAAGAGGCUUCGUAUUUCAGGGAAGCGCUGGUGGCUUUGAGAUUGGCGAAGGAGGUGAUUAGGAUUCAGCAGGGGUGGAGAACCAAUGCUGUUAGGCAUUUGAAUCGUAUUGGAGGGUUUUCGAGGAGCUUGGCGAAUUCGGCGACUGAUUGGCCGUGUUUGUUGCUGGAAUUGUUGUCUUCUGCUGCAGAAAUCGAUUACUUUCAGCCGAAGCUGGUGAUAAACAAUAUUGAAGUUCUAAAGCAUGCAGUACUGACAGAUGAUUCAACAAUCUGCGGGUCACAGUAUCAUGACAGUUUGAUAUGGAGAAUAAUAGCUUUGGGUGCCAAUGAGAGGUGUUUACCCGUUAUUCUUGUCACAUCAGAUAGCUACUACUCAUAUAAAGCGUUUAUCGAUUUUGGGUUUCCAGAUGUAUUCAUCUCCCGUGAGACCUUUGGAUGGACUCAACAAGAAGCUAAAAUGCAUAUGGUCACUGAUUACUUCAGUCAAUCUGAGUGGAGUGUGGUUGUUGAGGUGCUAGGACCAAGCCCGCGACAUCUUUUUGAACUCUAUGCACUCAAACAGAGCAAUUUUUACCAGAAGGUCAUGGAUGACAACGGUAGUACAUUUGAGGACAUUGUAGAUGCAUAUUUAGCGUAUUUGCAAGUGACUGUGGUUAAUCCUGCCAUGGAUAAAGCGUUGUCCGUCUUGCAAAAUUUUGCUAUUGAUGCAAGGAAGGGAAAAAUUCCAAAAGAUCGAUUGCGCUUUGGUGCUCCUUGGAGACAUCCUCCUCAUACAGACAACCCCACUCUGAUCUUAGAAUGGGCUAAGGUUCAACUAAUGGAUUUUGUCCAGUCUCUGGCCAAUACAGAAUUUGGGGUUAAUUAUUUUGCUGAUUGUAGCCUUGAAAUUCUGGAUGAUCCUUCUGCUGUAGCAUUAUUAGAGGUUGGUGUGCUUUAUGCCCAGAGAGAACCAUCCUUCAUUCGCCCAAUAUCUCAGGGUAUUCAAAGAUGUCUUGUAAGAUGGCUUAUCCAGGAACGGAUGCAAAUGAGGUUUCUGAGCUCACUUAAAUAUUUUUGGCAUCGAGUUAUACGUGGCCGAAGCUACCGCCAUUUGAUGUUAGAAGUAGGCUAUAAUAAAUAGAGCAAUUGGUUACUCCAGCAAAGCUAAUUCUUUUCUUGAUAUGGACCUUGCAGUGUCCUACAAAACUGCACAUUGUUGGAGGUCAACCUUAUAAUAACCAAUUUUACUUUCUCUUGCAUUGAAAUUUUCAUGCACUCCUCUGUAUGGUUACCAAAUUGGCCUCUCAGCAGGGCUAUUAUGCACCCAUUGGGAGAAUCAAGAAAUGCUGAUUCUGAACGGAUAGGAAUAUUCUUCCAUUCUUGUGUCCUCGGCUUCGCUGACAACCUGAUGCACAGGCACGGUCUAUCCUUUCGAGAACUGUCCCCACACGGAGUUGUGAGGCGGACCCUUUUGCUCUCCAGACAACUGCUGCUGGUGAUGGUGUGUUCUUGUAGCACACAAUAAUGUGCAUCAUCUGGAUGGCCUCUUUGUAGAGAAUGUUUCUGCUUUGUACUGUAGCCAUUGUUUUGGAAGAUAAUAAGAAUAGGCAAGGAAGAUUUCAACCUUGGAUUUGCUCGUGUAGUUUCUGCUGAAAUGGCAAUGGUUAUAUAUAGAUGAGAGUGCUUUAGUUUAGAUCUGAGUGGAGUUCCCACCUGUUUCGUCCUCAAAUGAGUUAUAGUAUCUUCUUAUAAAACAAUGUUUGUUUUACCAUAUUGAGCCUUGCUACUGCCUAUUGCUUGGCUGGUCACAUGUGUGGCAAAUGCUGUGGAGAGAUUGAUAAUGCUAUUCAAAUGCUCC